UGAAGAUCUAGGUAACUGAAUUUUUUAAGUAACAGAUUGUUUUUUUAUCCAGUAGGUUGCAUUUACGAUUGACCUACAUGUUUGAUUAUUUUAGUCUGGGGACACACAGUGGGAAGAACCAACACAAAUGCCUGCUCUGUGAUAAGUUCCAAGAAGACAUUAUGAACAUGAUGGAAGAAUGCACAAAGGCGGGAGACCAAUUUUACAAAUGUCAGUACUGUGAUGAGAUGUUUGCUGCAAAAUGGAGCUGCGAAGUUCAUGAACGAAUUCACACUGAUGAAAAAACACAGAAAUACCAGUACUGUAAUAAGACAUUUAUGAAAGAGGAAGAUUGUAUUGAUCAUGUAAAAAUACACACAGGAGAGAAACUAUACAAAUAUCAGCACUGUGAUAAGACAUUUACACAUAAAAGUAAUUGUGUUCUGCAUGAAAAAAUUAACACGGGAGAGAAACCAUUCAAAUGUCAGCACUGUGAUAAGACAUUUACUGCAAAAAAGUAUUGCAUUGAACAUGAAAAAAUUCACACAGGAGUGAAACCAUACAAAUGUCAGUACUGCAGUAAGACAUUUAUGAGAAAACAGCAAUGCAGUUUUCAUGAAAGAGUUCACACAGGAGAGAAACCAUACAAAUGUCAGUACUGCAGUAAAACAUUUGCAAAUAAACAACAGUGCAAUAGACAUGAAAUAAUUCACACAGGAGAGAAGCCAUACAAAUGUCAGUACUGUCAGAAGGCAUUCACUACGAAAAGGAGUUGUGUUGUUCAUGAAAGAAUCCAUAGAGGAGAGAGAACAUACAAAUGUCAGUUCUGUCAUAAGAAAUUUAAUCCUACAUAUAAUUCUGAUAUACAUGAAAGAAUUCAAACAGGAGAAAAAACAUACCAAUGCCAGUACUGUAGUAUGACAAACAAUAUUGAAUGCCAUGACAAUGAAAGAAUUCUCACAAGAGAGAAACCAUACAAAUGCAAGUAUUGUCAUAAAUCAUUUACUGUAAAAAGUAAUUGUGUCAGACAUGAAAGAAUUCACACAGGAGAGAAACCAUUCAAAUGUCAGCACUGUGAUAGGACAUUCACUAGUAAAGAUAAGUAUAUUGUACAUGAACGAAUUCACUUGGGGGAAAAACCCUACAAAUGCCAGUAUUGCAGUAAGACAUUUAAUGAAAAAAAAUAUUACAUUACUCAUGAAAGAAUUCACACCGGAGAGAAACCAUUCAGAUGCCAGUACUGCAGUAAGACAUUUACUGCAAAACGGUAUUGCAUUGAACAUGAAAGAAUUCACACAGAGAAACCAUACAAAUGUCAUCACUGCGAUAAGGAAUUUACUAAAAAAUAUCUUUGCAUUGUUCACGAAAAAAUUCACACUGGAGAGAAACCAUACAAAUGUCAGCACUGUGAUAAGACAUUUACUCAUAAAAAUAAUUGUGUGGCACAUGAAAGAAUUCACUUAAGAGAGAAACCAUACAAAUGCCAGUACUGCGAUAAGACAUUUAUUGAAAAGAAGUUUUGCAUCACUCAUGAAAGAAUUCACACGGGAGAGAAACCAUUCAAAUGCCAGCACUGCAGUAAGACAUUUACUGCAAAAAAGUAUUGCAUUGAACAUGAAAAAAUUCACACAGGAGUGAAACCAUACAAAUGUCAGUACUGCAGUAAAACAUUUAUGAGGAAACAGCAAUGCAGUUUGCAUGAAAGAGUUCACACAGAAGAGAAAACAUACAAAUGUCAAUAUUGUAGUGAGGCAUUUACAAAAAAACAGCAUUGCACUAAUCAUGAAAGAAUUCACACAGGAAAGAAACCAUUCACAUGUCAUCACUGUAAUAAGGGAUUUACUAAAAUAUAUCUUUGCAUUGCUCAUGAAAGAAUUCACGCAGGAAAGAAACCAUACAAAUGUCAGCACUGUGAUAAGACAUUUACUCAUAAAAACAAUUGUGUUCUGCAUGAAAAAAUUCACACAGGAGAGAAGCCAUACUGUCAGAAGGCAUUUACUAUGAAAAGGAGUUGUGUUGUUCAUGAAAGAAUCCAUAGAGGAGAGAGAACAUACAAAUGUCAGUUCUGUCAUAAGAAAUUUAAUCCUACAUAUAAUUCUGAGAUACAUGAAAGAAUUCAAACAGGAGAAAAAACAUACAAAUGCCAGUACUGUAGUAUGACAAACAAAACUGAAUGCCAUGUCAAUGAAAGAAUUCACACAAGAGAGAAACCAUACAAAUGCAAGUAUUGUCAUAAAUCAUUUACUGUAAAGAGUACUUGUGUCAGACAUGAAAGAAUUGACACAGGAGAAAAACGAUACGAAUGUCAGCACUGUGAUAAGACAUUCAUUAAUAAAGAUAAGUAUAUUGUACAUGAAAGAAUUCACUUAGGAGAGAAACCCUACAAAUGCCUGUAUUGCAAUAAGACAUUUAAUGAAAAAAAGUGUUGCAUUAGUCAUGAAAGAAUUCACACCGGAGAGAAACCAUUCAAAUGCCAGCACUGCAGUAAGACAUUUACUGCAAAACGGUAUUGCACUGAACAUGAAAGAAUUCACACAGGAGUGAAACCAUACAAAUGUCAGUACUGCAGUAAGACAUUUAUGAGAAAACAGCAAUGCAGUUUUCAUGAAAGAGUUCACACAGGAGAGAAACCAUACAAA